AUGGAGGCAAUUGAAGCUGAGGUCAAAAAGCUCAUCGAGUCAGGAUUUAUUUGUGAAGAGAAGCAUCCUGAUUGGGUGGCCAACAUUGCCCCUGUUAUGAAAAAGAAUGGGAAGAUUCGAGUGUGUAAAUGCCAACCGUUCUCAAAACUAAUGAAGAAAGGGGUAUCUUUUGUGUGGGAUGAAGCUUGCCAGAAAGCAUUCGAGGAGAUUAAGCAAUAUCUCUCCAAUCCGUCAGUAUUGGUUGCACCAAAGUCAGGUAAACCUUUCUUGAUAUACAUCCGGGCUACAGAUCAUGCAUUGUCAGGACUCUUAGCACAAGAUGAUGAAAACGGCCAAGAGCAAACUGUUUACUGUCUUAGUAGGACUUUAUCGGGUGCUGAACCUCAUUAUCCUCUUAUUGAGAAAGAAUGUUUGGCAUUGGUCUUCACAGUCCAAAAUAUGUGA